AUAAGCCUCCCACUCCCAUGCAUUAAACAGGUGGCUCCUCCUCCCCUACUCUCCCCACUCACCACACCAAAGCAAACAACAACAGCAGCAGCAGCAACAACAGCAACAAUAAUGGCUUCAGUUUCUGCUUCCUCUUCUGCUGUUGCAGCUGUAGCCAGAUCUCAGAAUGGUCUGAGUGCAACAAGGGCAUCCUUCCUCAGUGGAAGGAAACUAAGGCAAGCGAAGACGAACUGGGCCGCCCCGACAGCACGAAAAGCGCUCUCGGUGGCAGCCGAGGCGACCGAAAGGCCUAUCUGGUUCCCGGGAAGCACCCCUCCUCCAUGGCUUGAUGGCAGCCUUCCAGGAGAUUUCGGUUUCGAUCCUUUGGGUCUCGGAUCUGACCCAGAGACCCUGAGAUGGAACGUGCAGUCCGAGCUGGUGCACUGCCGGUGGGCAAUGCUCGGUGCCGCCGGCAUCUUCAUCCCCGAAUUCUUGACAAAAAUCGGCAUCCUCAACACCCCCUCAUGGUACACUGCCGGCGAGCUCCAAUACUUCACGGACACCACCACGCUGUUCAUAGUCGAGCUCAUCCUGAUAGGGUGGGCCGAGGGCCGGCGGUGGGCCGACAUCAUAAAACCCGGGUGCGUGAACACCGACCCGAUCUUCCCGAACAACAAGCUAACUGGCACGGAUGUCGGGUACCCGGGCGGGCUCUGGUUCGACCCGCUGGGGUGGGGGAGUGGUGAUCCUGAGAAGGUGAAGGAGCUGAGGACCAAGGAGAUCAAGAAUGGGAGGCUGGCCAUGUUGGCUGUGAUGGGGGCUUGGUUCCAGGCCGUUUACACUGGGACUGGCCCUAUUGACAAUCUCUUUGCUCACCUUGCUGACCCUGGCCAUGCCACAAUCUUUGCUGCUUUCACCCCCAAAUGAAGAAGGCUUGGAGAGGAGCAUGCAGGUGCUGAGCUGCAGAGAGUCUCAUGUCAUUGUGAAUGAAUGUACCAUUAAAAGUUUGUGUCAUGCAUUUUAUGUAACUAAGAAUCACAAUGUACAAAUACUUUAGAAUGCUUUGUUGGGAAUUAGAGAUUCGAUGGAUUUAAUGAUCCUUGUUUCCUCUU